AUGAAGAUUCCCACUAAACUAUCUCCAUCUUUGCUGUACAUAACAGUUCUGUGGGGAGGAUGGCUUCACUGCCCUGUGGAUGGAAACGGUGAUAGAAACGAGUGUAUUGACAACACUCACGACUGUCAUGCCAAAGCUGUUUGUAAUAAUACCGAGGGAUCAUUUACCUGUAGCUGUACAGAAGGUUAUCAGGGGGACGGUCGGAAUUGCACAGAUGUGGACGAGUGUACCAGCCAAACCCAUGGCUGUCACUAUAAUGCAAGUUGCAAUAACACAGACGGCUCUUACACAUGCAAAUGCAAAACGGGAUUCACUUGCGGUAAGUAUAAGAAAUGCAAAAAUUUAAACGAGUGUAUUGACAACACUCAUGACUGUCAUGCCAAAGCUGUUUGUAAUAAUACCGAGGGAUCAUUUAGCUGUACAGAAGGUUAUCAGGGGGACGGUCGGAAUUGCACGGAUGUGGACGAGUGUACCGGCCACAUCCAUGGCUGUCACUAUAAUGCAAGUUGCAAUAACACAGACGGCUCUUACACAUGCAAAUGCAAAACGGGAUUCAGUUGCGGUAAGUAUAAGAAAUCAUUCAAAGCCUUGUUCUCAAAUCUCAAUGCCACUGGAAGAUAUGGUCCAACAUCGCUCGGAAGUUACUACGCAGGUCAGGAUCAUGACGGACAAGUUGCUCUGUCCAGCGGUAUUCAACAGUGGACUGUACCGUACACUGGCGAUUACAGAAUAGAAGCAAUAGGGGCAGCUGGAGGGUUUGAUCAACGGAUUAACAGCUCUCAGUAUCGCGGAAGAGGAGCCAGAAUAAUUGGAACAUUCCGCUUAAACAAGGGUGAAGUCAUCCAGGUACUUGUAGGUCAAGAAGGAGGAAUAAACAAGAGGUCUUAUUCUUCUGGAGGUGGUGGAGGUACAUUUGUAGUGAGAGGAGCCAACACACCUUUGAUAAUAGCUGGAGGCGGAGGAGGGGUAGAUGAUGUAUUUUCAAGACAUACAGAAUGUGACGCCAGCUCAAACACGACAGGGAAUCCUGGGAACAGAUCAUGGGCAGGGGGGAGCAAUGGACAUGGUGCACAGACUGCUGAUUCUGGACGAUCAGGUGGUGGUGGUGGCGGGUUUUACUCCAGUGGAAGAAGUGGAAAUCAUUUCAAUGGGACCAAGGGAUACGGUGGCGAGGGUGGUAAGGGAUUUCUGCAGGGAGGGGUGGGUGGGGUGGGUGGGGUGGGUGGGAGAUCAGAAUAUCCCUACAUUUAUGGUGGGUUUGGCGGAGGAGGUGGAGCUGAGGGAUGGUGGGGAGGAGGAGGAGGAGGAGGAUACUCUGGGGGAGGCAGUGGAAAAGGUUAUUCAGAUACCUGUGGGGGUGGUGGUAGAUCCUACAAUGUUGGAAACAAUCAGCAGAAUGAAUGUUGUUACAACAACGCUGGCCAUGGUCAGGUGACCAUCACAUUACUGUAG